CAGCGGCGGCGGCGGCAGAGCGUCUCUUGCACCCCGGCGGCCGUCCCCAGAGGGCCCCUCUUUGGCUGCCUUAGAGACGGAGGCUGAGGAGGCCGCUGCGCCGCCACACCGAACAUCUUCGCCGCGCGGUUCCUCAUUAUCUGGGAAGAACAUGGCAGAUAAUCUUAGUGAUACCUUGAAGAAACUGAAGAUAACAGAUGCUGAGAAAACUGAGGAUUGUUUAGAAGGAUGCUUGGAUUGUCUGCUUCAAGCCCUGGCUCAAAAUAAUAUGGAAACAAGUGAAAAAAUCCAAGGAAGUGGGAUGCUUCAGCUGUUCGCAAGUCUGUUGAAUCCACAGUCUUCCUGCACAGCUAAAGUAGCCAACAUCAUAGCAGAAGUAGCUAAAAAUGAAUUUAUGCGAAUUCCAUGUGUGGAUGCUGGAUUGAUUUCACCACUAGUGCAACUGUUAAACAGCAAAGACCAGGAAGUUCUUCUUCAAACAGGCAGGGCUCUGGGAAACAUAUGUUAUGAUAGCCAUGAGGGCAGAAGUGCAGUUGACCAAGCAGGUGGUGCACAGAUUAUAAUUGACCAUUUAAGGUCACUGUGCUGUAUAACAGAUCCCGCCAAUGAGAAGCUGUUGACUGUCUUUUGUGGCAUGCUGAUGAACUAUAGCAAUGAGAAUGAUUCCCUUCAAGCACAGCUUAUCAAUAUGGGUGUUAUUCCUACAUUAGUGAAAUUACUGGAUGUCCACUGCCAAAAUACAGCUCUUACAGAGAUGUGUCUUAUUGCAUUUGGCAAUUUAGCAGAACUUGAGUCAAGUAAAGAACAAUUUGCCAGUACAAACAUUGCUGAAGAAUUGGUAAAACUUUUCAAGAAACAAGUAGAACAUGAUAAGAGAGAAAUGAUUUUUGAAGUUCUUGCUCCUUUGGCAGAAAAUGAUGUUAUUAAGCUACAGUUGGUUGAAGCAGGCCUAGUAGAGUGCCUCCUAGAGAUUGUUCAACAGAAAGUGGAUAGUGACAAAGAGGAUGACACUGCUGAGCUCAAAACUGCUUCAGAUCUAAUGGUUUUAUUACUUCUUGGAGAUGAGUCCAUGCAGAAAUUAUUUGAAGGAGGAAAAGGUAAUGUGUUUCAAAGGGUGCUAUCCUGGAUUCCAUCAAAUAACCACCAGCUACAGCUUGCUGGAGCAUUGGCCGUUGCAAAUUUUGCCAGAAAUGAUGGAAAUUGCAUCCAUAUGGUAGACAAUGGUAUAGUCGAAAAACUUACGGAUUUACUGGACAGACACGUAGAAGAUGGAAAUGUAACGGUACAGCAUGCAGCACUGAGUGCUCUUAGAAACCUGGCCAUACCAGUUGUUAAUAAAGCAAAGAUGAUAUCAGCUGGAGUCACAGAGGCAGUGUUGAAAUUCCUUAAAUCUGAAAUGCCUCCAGUUCAGUUCAAACUUCUGGGAACAUUAAGAAUGUUAAUAGAUGCACAAGCAGAAGCUGCUGAACAACUGGGAAAGAAUGUUAAAUUAGUGGAGCGUUUGGUAGAAUGGUGUGAAGCUAAAGAUCAUGCUGGUGUGAUGGGGGAGUCAAACAGACUGCUUUCUGCCCUAAUACGACACAGUAAAUCAAAGGAUGUAAUUAAAGCCAUUGUACAGAGUGGUGGUAUCAAGCAUCUAGUUGCUAUGGCAACUAGUGAACAUGUGAUAAUGCAGAAUGAAGCUCUUGUUGCUCUGGCACUUAUAGCAGCUUUAGAAUUGGGCACUGCUGAGAAAGAUUUAGAAAGUGCUAAACUUGUACAGAUUUUACACAGACUACUAGCAGAUGAAUUAAGUGCUCCUGAAAUCAAAUAUAAUUCGAUGGUCCUUACCUGUGCUCUCAUGGGAUCUGAAUCUCUACACAAGGAAGUAGACAAUUUGGCCUUUCUAGAAGUUGUUUCCAAGCUUUGCCGUCAUGAGAACAAAAGUGUUGCCCAGCAAGCCUCUCUUACAGAGCAAAGACUUACUUUGAAAAGUUGAGAAGUGCCACCCCCUGACAUAUGGCAUCCUCCCAUCUCUGUGAUUUCCCAUUUGUCCUCCAUUCAGCUGUCUUUUGCUUCAUUCUUUGUCAUAUCACUUGCGCAUGUGUGUAAUGGCCCAAUGACAACUGAAAAAAAACUACUGUAGGUACCUGCCCACUAAGAUCUCUAAAUCCAUAGUUAUUGUGAACAUGAAUUUAUCAAAAAAAAUCUCUACAUGUAACUGUUCUAUUUCAUAUAACGAACUACAGUAAGUAGAAUGUGCAUGUUAUAUUCCUAUGAUAUAAACUUGGUACUACAUAAUUAUUCAUUCCUCACACUUGCUGAACUACAUAAUGUACUGGUAAUUUAGAGGAAAAUACGAGUUGCAACAGAAUCUGUCUAGCAUGUUAAAGAUGGACGUGAAUAGUAAGAUUGGCUUCAGUUUUGGGCACUUGGGAAGCAUGGUAUCAAAAAACAAUGGUUGUUCAUUCAUUUGCUCUUACCUACUAAUGUUAUACCCUUGGUACCUAGAAUUUAAUAAAAUCCACUGCUCUCUCUUUAACCUGGUUUAUUCUGUUUCUAACUAUGGUAGUCUUUGAACGUGCCACAAACCUGGCAAGGCUUACUGAGGUUUUUAUCUUUAUAUUUAAUAAGUCAAUAGCCUGAUGUUGAAACCAUUUAUAAUUUCAAUAUGUAACAAAGGGGUUGAAGAAUCUCAAUUUUACUAGUACUUAUUUUAGCUUUAUACAGUUUCACCUUAGAAACAGUUAAUCAACAUAAUCAACAUUUCCAACACUUGUCUUUAAAAGUGAAAACAGAGCAUUUGUUUUCAACUGAGGAAAUAAAACAUAACUCAUUGGAACAUGA